CGAGUAGGCAUGCAUGUGCCGCGUGGCAUAGCUUUCAUUCAUACUCGCGGAAUCAUGCUUUGUUGGCGGAACUGCGUGGGACAUAAUACAUACAUAUACAUACAGUUGUAAUUAGCACUGUCUAACAUUUCAAGCAUUCUUAGUUCUCGUCAGUCGCUCGGCGCGAACGGUUGAAGUACCUACAGCAAUAUUUAUGGGUUGUUUUGUGUGGCUUACGCGCUGCGCCAAGAAUGAUACAAUGGAAGACAAAGUUCUUACCGAAGAAACAUGGCCACAAGAAGCCGAGGCGGCGAUCAACGACAUACGCAAACACGUGAAAUCAGCCAACAUAUCAACGCAGCUGAAAAACGAUAACCAACGGAUUUACAUCAACCUCACAACCCUGGAGAACUCAGACUAUUGUGUCGAGAUGUCCGCCGCUGGAUUCAGAGUUGUGGGCCGAACUUACGACGACACCAGCCUAUCUAUCAUCGAGAACAUGAACUAUGAAACCCCCUACGCUUUACUCAAUAGUAUCAGUCAGAAAUACAGGGAGUCUUUCGGCGGUGAGUUGAUGAACAAGCUACUGGAUCUCGCUAAAAAGGAGACUUGAAUUUUGAGUCGUUUGCAGACGAUUUUAGAGCUUAUUAUGUAGUGAACAGCCUUACUAGACAUAUAUGUCACAUACACGAGCUUUUGGAGAAGUAUUGUUGGUUUUCCGAAUUUUCGAGGGUUGUUUAAAGUGAUAAGAAGGUUGUAAUUGGCGACUGUUGAAACUGUCAGUAUUUAUCAGUGCUAUAAAUGUAUUUUAAAGUAAAAAUUAGACCAAAUUAGGAUAAAUUGGAAUCGUAAUAGUGUUUCUCGAGAUAAAAUUACCGCCAUGAACUGGAUUCAUUUUUCUUUUUUGAAGGCAUGUUCAUAAUAUAAUAUACUUUACUGUUUGGUAUAUAAAUGUAUAUAUAGGUUAAUGUAUGUAUAGGUUUAGAAGCUACAGAUAAGUCUGUAGUGUCCUCUUAUCUUGGUUUCUCAAUUGCACCCUUACUAUAUUGUGCAGUAUUGUACUGUGUAAAAAUGCAGGCUUAUGAUAGCUUGAUAAUGUAAGACCUAUAAUGUUAACGAACAUUGUAUACUUCAUUUUUCUAGCUGGCUUGGUGGAUACGUAGCAUAAAUAAAGGGUCACAACAUACUAAAAUAUAAUAAAUUAUAAAUACGGAAGCGCAGGGAGCAGAUACAGACCAGUAAAAAAAAUGCAAUAGCAUUUAUGUAUGGUUCAAAAUUAUCCUCUAUUUUUACAAUCUGCAAUUGAUAACAUUUAAUUUUUAUAACCUGAAAUGUUACAUAUGAUUUCGAAAAUUUUACUUCCUGAACACUGCAAUAUAUUAUAAUUUACCAAUUCUACGGCACAAUAGUUGAAACGACAUUGCCAUUAAUCACAAGAAAAAAUUGCUGUCAUAAUAUUGGGUUUGACAUUGUCAAUUAAAUACGACGUAUUGAUUGAAAUUCAAAACGAGAAAUUUAUUUUCAUUAUUAAGUUACUAUACAGGGUGAUCAAUCCAAAACAGUAGUACAUAAGGUUUUGCUGCGCCCUAUCAGGGUCUAUUAUUAUUUAUUAUUAUUUUCUGUUUUGUAAUGGACAAAGAGGCUGAAUUAGGCUAUCAAUCCCGAUAGCUUUGUUCAAUAAAUAAGUACUGUAAAUAUCCUUAAUCACAGUUACUCAGUGGUAUUUGAUAGUCUCCCGAUUUGUAUGAAAAUAGGGCAUUUGCCACUGCGUUACCAUAUUUUUACAUUUAUCAAUAUUAAUAAAUAUGAAUUUUGGUCAACAAAUUCCUAUUAUUUGGUUCAGGUACAAAUUGGGAAUACAAUUUUUGUAGCUACACGAAUUAAAUAUGUAUCAUACUUUUUAUGGCAAUAGAUAAAUGGUCAUGAUUCAUGAAAAAGUAGAAUGACCCACUUAGGACUUAGAUUACGUGAGUGUUUUUAACCUCCUCUUUAAUUUGAGAACAUUGCGGCUAUUUGUGAUCACUGUGAUUGUAAUCAUAACUGUAAGGGUUACACAAUGUAAGUAGGUGUUAGCUGUUGACUGUUUAAUGCAUUUUCUGUGUCAAUUAUGUAAUAAGAUUUCUGAACAAUGUUUUGUAGUUAGGAAUAAUUAUAAAUCUUCGCUCAGGUUACUAAUAAUAUAAUAAGUGCGUUUGGGGCUUUCAAUUAGAACGAUGUUUACAUAACGCGUGUGGGAAUAUUGUCAGAUACAAUACACCGUGAAAUGAUCAAGCAAAGCUAUACAGUAUGUAUCUGAACGUAAAGCAAUUACUCAAACUCAAAUGUUUCGGUCAUACUGACUAACUUUUAGUAUGGAACCAACUCCGAACUUCCGAAAAAAAAUUGCCUGUGGGAGUCAAUUUUUUUUUUCCGGAUUCGGGGUUGGUCCAAUAGUAAAAGUUGCUCAGUAUGGCCUAAACAUUAACGGGUUGAGUAAUUGCUUCACGUUCAGUUUCAUACGGUAUAUCGGCUUAAUGGAUGUGAUCUGUAUUGAACGUGCAUAUCAAACGAAGGCUAAUGGUAGAGGAAUGGAUUCUCCGAAACCAUUAUUUUCGCUGAACAAACAUGGGGUUAAAUCGAUAGCUCUUAAGGUCCUUUAUCAUUGGCCUUUGUUUGAUCCAUAUUGAACGCGCUACCGUGUAUAAAAACCACAGAUAGGCUUCCUAGUAUUGUUAUUGUUACGAAAGCGAAAUUGUGUCGCUUAACUUCAAACUAAGAUGAAUCAAUUCGACCCUCUUAGGAAAUAUCUACCCUAACCUUUUCUUGAUACCAAAAUCGUAUAAUCUGAUAGAUUAAUUUAUUUGAGUCUUCUACUCGUAAGCGACACAAUUGUGGUGCAAUGCGCCGUACAAAAAUAAGUACGUCAAAUUAUUUUUAAAGAGAAGUCGAAUCUCCGAAGACCACUCUAAUGUCAACCAACAUAGUGUUGUACGUUUUCAUGUGAUCUGAUUAUCCUAUUCAUGUUGUGGUUAGAAUAAGUGUUAGAGAUAGUUCAGAUUGCGGUGACGCUCUCUUCCUAUUAUAAAAAUUCGCCUCUAUUUCAUGAAUUAGCUCGUGAAAAAGAAACCAAGUCUGGGAAAACUUUGGAAAAGAUAAUAAGCAAGGUUAUUUGUUUGCGCAUCGUUAAAAUAGUUUUUAAUCUGUCAAAUAAUAUGUUAAACAUUUUGUGCGUUGUUUAAUCCGCUACUAUUGAUGCUGAUUGUACCUAUUGUAAAAAACAUAUAGAAUUUACAAAGAAAAUCGUUGAGGGUGCUUUAUUUGACUAUGGCCCUAACUAUAAGUUACUUGAAUGUUAGUUUUCGACUUUCGUGUCAUAUUAUAUUAGUUACAUGUGCAAUACACUCGCAUCAAUACAACAACAGACUGAGUACAAACAUUGUAUUUAAAUGUUAGCUUUAGUAUUGUGAUAGUAAACUGAAUUUAUUUGUUAUAAA